AGCAGGCAGUAGGAGAAUUUGUUGACGUUGUUGAGGAAUGGCGCGAUCUGCGACGGGAACGAGAUGGGCCCGCGCGCCAGCCCGACCAGCCCGUCCGUGCCCGAAAACGUUCCUUGGUUCCUGAGCCCGCAGCCGAAUUUGAAAUUGUCGAUGGCCGUGGAGGUGCCGUUGGUGUUCUGCAGAGUGAGAGUCUCGAGAGAGAAAUCUCCCUCGGUCUGGGAUUGAUCGGCAUAAUUGUACGUGUACUGGCAAUUGGGCGUGCAGGUGAGCUCGCUGCGUCCCAGGACGUCGCACUCAGUGCAUCCCAGCGGGCUGUAAGUCGAGGAGAGCGACGGGUCGAAGAGCGUGCCGUUGAAGCUGACAUCGCACGUCGAGCACUGCAGCCAGACGAGGUCGCUGCCCGUGUCGGCGAUGGCGAUGAAAUUCUGUGGCGGGGUGCCGAGCGAGAUUUCCAUCGAGUAUUCACCCGGCGUGGCUUGUAUGUCCGUGGUGAAGUCCAGCAUGCUUCUGCCCUUGUGCUUGUGGUAUGGCGCAUUCCUUGCCUUGCGAUCCAGCGACUUGCCCCGGGCUAUGCUCGCGUCCACGUCCCGGCGCACCUUCUGUAACAUUGUGGAAUUCUCCGUCCCCAGGUUGCCGCUCGUGACUAUCAGGCUCGCUCUUUGCCCGUCGUGGUCACAGUUUCUUCCUUGGGCGUUUCUCCGAGAUGUCGUCCCGCGUGCAGGUGCGAGCUCUGGGGGCGUUUCAAAUGCGUCGUCACCCAGCCCGUUCGUUGAUUAUUGAGUGCUGCACAGAAGUAGGCUUGCACGGCCAGCAGCACGAAAAUCGAAAGAAUCGCACUCGAAGCCAUACUCAGAGACUUGAGCUUCAAAACUGUGCUACACAAGUUUUCUACCGCUGGCGAAUUGGGAAGUGUUCAGAUUUCAGAUACAGAAAUCAGAGGUCAGUUACAGGGCAACAAAACUGCCACCCGGAUGUGUACACCGAAGUCAGCCUUCGUGUUUGAAUCCUGACGAGAGUAAAGCCUGUAAAAUUGAAGGACAAUUGCGAAGCAAUGUGCAAAGCAAUGUGCAAAAGCUCCGCUUUGAUUCUGCAGCAGGACUCAGUGGACACUAGUUUUUGCUCUCUAAGCAACCACACUAGUGGCUGUGCAUCUCCUCCCCUCUUCCGCCCGGAGAUGCACGGAGUCCACACUCUGCAAGCAAUGUCUUGGCAUGAGAGCGAGUUUGAGACUUCUUAUAGUCUGUGGAGUCAGAACGAAGAAGCCCAUGUCAGGUACCGGGAAGGUUGGGCCAGGUACGGGGGACGGCAGUUGCUUCCACAAGAAAGGGUCGGCUGUCUAAGAAGGACUCCAGAGGGGGUGAACUACGGACAGUUUAUGCACGGAUUGAACACGGAAAAAUGCAGCUAAACAGGAAGGUGCUUUCUUAAAUAGCAAUGCACGAGCCUUACAGCUUCAAGACCCUUGUCGACGUAUCGCGCACUGCAUUCCAACACCAGCACGCCCAUUUAAAGAAGUGACCGAGUUAUAAAUGCGAUCGUCUUCGUAGGAUUGCUCUUAAAUUCUUGGGAAAAUGUUGAAUUUGUCUUUUAGGCUAGAAUGGUGACAUGCAAUUCCCACUUCUAUGCACAUUACAGCUGAUGGUUUUCAUGAGGAUUUGGAUCUCCUAACAUGUCUCUCAUGGGGGAGUCCCAAAAGUUUCCUGCCUGUGCCUGAUAAUUGAUAAAAGCGAAAUUUAUUAAGAAGAGAAUGAUCAGAUGGGCAGGGGACAGCGCUCGAGGUUUUAGAGACGGAAUUUUUUUCCAAAUGCGAUAUAGGGUCUGUUUACAUCGAGAAUGCAAAGGAGAGAACAGGACUUUGCACAGUAAAUCAUCAGACCAACUUCACGUCAAGCAUCUCUCGACUCGAAGCACUCACCGACUCAGCCGGUGAGCCGACAGCUAGCCGGCUAACGAAAAUUUCUAGCCGGUUAGCAGUGCCCAUCUCUACGUCGGAAUGUUACUGUGAAGAGAAGCAGCAUAGAUUCCGGGGCCACCUGUCGAUGUCCUUCCUUCACUCGGGCCUCAGAUGCCACCGUCCGUUAGGGCGGAUGCAUCAUGUCCAGGUUCGGGCCUAAUAGUGAUAAGAAAAGCCGUUUCUUCGGAGUUACUGUGGAUUUACUUCUAAUCAUGAACCGGAUCAUUUGCGGCACAAGCAGACGAGACCUUCUCCCUCUUGAAUGUCUACAUGUCACGUGGAGCCAUGUCACUGGACCCGCCCUCCUGUGUCAUGCGGAGACCUUGAUGUAACUUUUUUCUGUCUCUCUGGAAUGGGGAAAUACAAGGUCAGUCUCCUCGAUCUGCCCAGUCCUGUCAUGCAAGAGCUGCUGGUUGGUUCUCCGGUGCUGGAAUGAGUUUUAAAAGCUCCAAAUUAGACAUGGAGUUUUAAUUACACCAAAUAAGCAAGUCGAACUAAGGUGGUUGCUGAUCAAUGAUCAGCAACCACCUUAGCUCUAAUCAAUGAUCAGUGAUCAUUGAUUAGAGCGGCUAGGAAGAUUCGAGCCGAUCAGUUCUACUGGUGUGUGGCACCUUUCUAUGUAAUUCAGAUGUAAUAUAUGAGGAUUACUGAUAGGCUUGGCCACGGUCCGGUUAACGGUUAACCAAUAGUUUAACCGUGACAGAUUUGAUAUAGAAGGCUUGAUGUUGAAAAAUCCUUAGGAGUACGAGCUCAUCAGUGUCCGGCUGGCAGGGCAGAGAGGGAGGGAGAGAGAUAGAUAAAUUAAAAUGGUAACUGGUAAGAGAGAGAGGAGUGCUUGUGAGGAGGGGAAAUGGAAGAGGAGGGAAGUGGAUGUGAACGAUUGUAUGAAUGCGGGUGAGAACAGUCGAGGAAGCUGUGGUCAGGCUGGACUUAACGGAGAACGCUGCGAAGAGGAGGUGUUUAGAAAAGGAAGCUACGCCUGGCGUUCAGGCCAUGGCGCAGCGUAGUAAGAAAUAUGAUCGUCAACUGCGAAUAUGAAAGGAGCAAGGACAAGAAGCCUUGGAGAAGGCAAAUAUUUGUGUGCUCAAUGUUGGACCGACUGGUGCAGAAGCGCUGAAGAAUUUUCUCAGAAGCGUGGUGAAAAUUUUUCUCUGGGACCGGUUAAACCGGACCGACGGUUAACCGGUUAACCGUCAGUCCGGACCGGACCGUGGCCAAGCCUAAUUACUGAAUCCUGCCAGUGACAGAAAUUUUCUUCAUUUAUUUGAGAUUAAAGUCAAUCGGCCUGUGCGGGAGUCAAAUGGAUCUGGACUCGAAGGCAAGCCAUGGCAAACUGUUGUCGAGUAUUUGGACUAUCUGGACGUGUCCAGGUCCAGCAUUUCAAGUUGAGGGCGUCGUUCUCUGCUGGAACCAAUGAAGAAAUAAGCGUACGAAGUGUUGUCCUCUUUCCCGCAGGCACUUUUCAGUGAUGCGAAUCAGCUUUAGCUUCAGCUUCGCCGCAUAAGGAGUAGGGUCGUAGGGACUGAAUCGGGGAUGGGGGCAAACACCGGCCAGAUCCUUGUCCAAGGUGAUCGGCGGAUGAUGACGAUGAUGCUGCUGCCAACACAAGAGCUUUUGGAGCUGAUUCCUAACAGGGCCCGUAUCGUCGAGUUUGGUUCCUUCAAUUAUUGCAACUGUUUAAAAGAUUAUAAUUUUCACGACGAGGUUAGACAAUCUUUCUUUCGAAUCGUUCGCCUAGAGCGUUCGUUCUACUUCCCUCCCCUUGGAUCUGCGCAACAAUUCCAAAGAACUUCGAUUCGUGCGGCCUAGUGGCUUUCCGAAGCAGAGUCGUGGAAUGGACGAGCAGGAGAAUUCGAAUCAGUCCAGAACAAUUACUCGUCCGCCCCUCGUCAUCAGACACGGAACAUUAGGGCGACUCGCCAACAUUCUGAAAAAUCCUGCCAUUUAUUUUAGGACGAGAAAACAAUAACUAUCGAUUUGUCAGAGGACCAAGAGGCGUUGUUGGCGGCU